GGAGGCCGUAUCGGCCUCCUACUUGCUUCACUUGUCACAAGGUAGGGCACUACGGUAAUCAGUGCACGAAUCAGAGUAGACAUUAUUUCAAUGCAAGACCGUCAUCGUCAUCAGAUUCAAGGCGGACGCAUUCACCCCGAGGACAUGAAGCUGCAUGACGCGACCCUACUCCACACGUGGACCCGGAGAUCCGGACGACGAUUGCAAAUUGGGGAGGAGUGUCGCUGUGAUGGAGGAACACUAUGCAGCAGUACGAGAGAAGCGGGAGUUGAAAUGAGACGUGAAUUGGAGAAGGAAGAAGCUCAACGACGAGCGGAGGAAGAAGCUGCGCGUUUGGAGGAGGAACACGCUAAGGCCGAGAAUAAAGCUUGGAAGCGCAAACAGAAGAAGCGGGUUGAGGAGGAGAAGCGAGUUGAAAUGCAAAAUGAUAUGAAGGUUCAAUUGGCGAUUCACGUUGGGGAGUUGGAACACCGCCUUGUUCAACAAUUGAAUCAGGUUGUCUCGUCUAUUCCUCCUACACAGCAAAACCGUGGCAAGAAAAAUGUUACUUGCAUGAGCGAGGACGAUGGGUACUCGUCUAACAUUGGCGAGGGUAGUGACACCAGUGUCACACAAGAAUUGACUGCACGUAUGGUCAUUUCCGAGAAAUGGAAGCGAGGUCCGGAACCUGUCUUCGAUGAUCCGAGUCCGCCGAUGGAGAUGCCGGCCAAGCGUACGCCGAAAGGUGAAAUUCUUAAGCCAGUAAAAUUGACGGGACGUCUGACAAGAUCGAAGUCCAAGAAAGUCGGAGGAUGUCUCAUGCCUGCAUCGAACAAAAAUAAGAUUUCCAUGCCACUCUCGAAACGGCGUACUCCGACUCGUAAGCGGGUAUUAGUUCCAAGGUCUCAACCUGAUGUCUCGCUCGAACGACUGCGCUACCAUGAUAAUGUCUUGCGUAAAGGACUUUGACGCCAUCGAGUUGCAACGCAUUUGUCGAGAAGAAGAAAUUCAUUACAACAAGAAAAUUGAAGUGAUCUUUGAUAUUGCCGAUCAUAG